GGAAAAAGCAAUUCUGCGUGAGAUUUUCAUGCUGGGAUACGGCACCCUGAUCGGCAAAUACUACGGAAAAGGCGCUGCUGCCUCGACUUAUCUGAGGCCUCUCCAUGACAUCGCUGUCAAGGCCUUCAGCGAGAAGAACGUUGCUGACCUCAUCCUCAUUGUGAAAGUUCUGGGUAACGCCGGACAUCCUGACAGUCUGAAGACGAUCACGAGGCUCGUGCCCAUCUUUAACAGCGGUGCUGCCGAACUGCCCCUCAGAGUCCACAUCGAGGCCGUUCUCGCUCUGAGGAGCAUCGCCAAGAGGGAGCCCAAGAUGGUCCAGGAGAAGGUUCUUCAGGUGUUCAUGGACAAAUCUCUGCACCCAGAGCUGCGUAUAGCCGCUGCCAUCGUGCUGUUUGAGACCAGCCUGCCCUUCGGUCUGGUGAACGUGAUGGCUGUUUCUCUCCUGAAUGAAAGAAACCUGCAGGUCGCCAGCUUCGCCUACUCUUACAUGAAGGCCAUGACCAAGACCACCUCCCCUGACUUUGCUUCAGUUGCUGCAGCCUCUAAUGUCGCCAUGAGGAUGCUCAGCUCCAAACUGGACAGACUUAGCCACCGCUACAGCGGAGCAUACUACUACGACUACUACGCCAAUCCCUGGAUGGUGGGAGCUGCUGCCAGUGCCUACUACAUCAAUGAUGCUGCAACUGUUUUUCCAAGAACCAUCAUGGCCAAAGCUCGCACUUACCUGGCCGGAGCUUACGCUGACGUUCUUGAGUUUGGAGUGAGAACUGAGGGAAUCCAGGAGGCCUUGUUGAAAGCCCGAAACCUCCCAGCGAAUGCAGACAGGAUCGCCAAGAUGAAACAAGUCAUAGCAGCUCUUCAGGACUGGAGGAAACAUCCUUCAGGCCAGCCUCUGGCCUCCAUGUACGUGAAGAUCCUCGGACAAGAAAUUGCAUUUGCCAACAUUGACAAAAGCAUUGUCCAGCAGAUCAUUCAGCAUGCAAGCGACGCUGACCUCCGCAGUUAUGGCGAGCAGGCUCUGGACGUUCUGAAGACCGGUUUCACGAAGCAUUACGCCAAGCCCAUGCUGAUUGCUGAGAUCCGUCGCAUCCUCCCCACCAGUGCUGGUCUUCCCAUGGAGCUCAGCUUCUACACCGCUGCUGUGGCCGUUGCAUCUGUUAAGGCCUCUGUGGCCACCCCGAUCGCCAAUCUGCCCCAGAACCUCCUGCAGCUUCUGAGGACCGACUUUAGCAUGAGCGCUGAAAUCACCCCGAGUGUUUCCACGCACACCUACGCAGUCAUGGGAGUGAACACAGCCUUCCUCCAGGCCUCGCUGCUGUCAAAGGCCGAAGUUUACACGGUUCUGCCCGACAAGAUGGAGGCGAGAUUUGAAAUGACGAAGGGCAACUACAAGUUUGAGUUCCCAUCUAUUAAGGAGAUUCACACUAUUGCAUCUGCAAGUGUUGAGACAUUUGCUGUGGCGAGGAAUGUGGAAGACCUCCAACAUACCAAAAAGACACCAGUGGUCCCAGCUGAUGCUGCCGCUCGGCUGGCGAGAGUCUCCAAGAGGAUUUCUAGCAUGGCAUCCUCUCUGGCUGGUGGCCUGUCCGCGUCGUCUGAAAUACUCCCCGUCGAUUUGCCAAAACCAAUCUCCAGCAAACAGAAACUUCUCAAACCCUUUAACAAGACCAUGUGUGCUGCAAGUGAGACCUUUGGAUUCAAGGCAUGCACUGAGGUUAAAUCCUACAACGCCGCCUUCCUCAGAGAGUCCCUGCUGUACACCCUGAUCGGAAAGCAUGUCGCUCUGGUUAAGGUUGAACCAGCUGGAGGACCAGCCAUCGAGAAGUUUGAAUUCGAGAUUCAGGUUGGAGAGAAAGCAGCAGAAAAGAUCAUGAAAGUGAUCAACCAGCGCGAGGAAGAGCAAACCCUUGAGGACAAGAACGUCUUGCUGAAGCUGAAGAAGAUCCUGGUUCCUGGUCUAAGGAACAGCACCGUGACGUCCUCCAGCUCCAGCAGCUCCCAGUCGUCCAGCUCCAGCCAGUCUCGCUCCGUCAGCUCCAGCUCAAGCGGCUCCUCCUCCACGUCGUCCAAGCCUUCCUCCUCCAAAUCCGCCUCUCAGCGAAGAAGCACGAUGGUCGAUCCCGCCGCUCCCAGCAACAAGAAGCGCAGCAGCUCCUCCAGCAGCUCCUCUAGCAGACGUACAAAGAGUCGCUCCAGCAGCUCCUCUAGCAGCGACUUGAGCAGUCAGUCGUCGCAGCGCACCAGCAGCAAGUCCUCCAGCUCCAGCUCCUCCAGCUCCAGCGCCGAGUCAAAGGAACAGGAUCCAAUGAAGUUCAAGAAGAACCACGUCCACCAGCAUAAACUUGCCUCAAACCGGGCCGAAUCCCACAGCAGCGCCGCCAGCUUCGAGAGCAUCCAGACCAAGGCCAAGUACCUCUCCGAUGUGGUGAGUCCCUCUGUGACCAUCCUCAUUCGUGCUGUGAGAGUCGACCACAAGGUCCAGGGAUACCAGGUCACAGCUUACCUCGACAGAGAAACCUCCAGAGUACAGAUCAUCAUCGCCAACCUGGCUGAGGGCGACAAGUGGAGGAUCUGCGCUGACGGCGUGAAGCUGAGUAACCAAAAGCUGAUGGCUGCAGUCGCCUGGGGCAUUGAAUGCAAACAGUACUUAACCAAGAUCACCGCUGAGACCGGCCGUGUGGAGCAGAUGCCCGCGAUCCGCCUCAAGUUGGCCUGGGACAGAGUUCCAACGAGCAUGAAGCGCUAUGCACGCAAGCUCUCCAAGUACAUCAGCCGCAUCCCUCUGGAGAUUGAAGUGAGCAAGGCGAAGGUCAAGACUGAAAGACAGAUUGCUCUGACUAUAGCUGCUGCUUCUGAGAAAAGCCUGAAUGUCGCGCUGAGGACAGCAAAGAGGACCUACUACAAACGUGGCCUGGCUCUGCCUAUCUCUUUGCCUUAUGGAGAAACUGCUGCCGAGCUGGAGGCAUUCCAGAGCAACUUUGCUGACACGAUCUCCUACAUGUACACCAAGGUUAACAAAGCUGAGUGCAGCAUGGUCAACGAAACGCUGACAACAUUCAACAACAAAAGACUUAGAAACGAUAUGCCGCACGCCUGCUCCCAGAUCUUGGCUUACGAUCCCACAGACGAGCAGAAAUUCAUGAUUGAGCUGAGGAAGGACCACCCAGAGGACAAGUACCAGAUCACUCUCUGGAUGUCCAGCAUCAAAAUCGACAUAUUCCCGAAGGACGCUGCUAUCAAGGUGAAGCUUAAUGACAGAGAACUUCCCAUCACCAAUCAGUCAUACGUGGACAGUUCAGAAACAAUCCAGAUCAGACAGAGGCCUCAGGGCAUCGCUGUCAUCGCUCCCAAACUCGGUGUUCAGGAAGUCCUCUUUGGUUUCAACACUUUGAAGAUUCAACUUGUGGACUGGAUGUUAAGCAAGGUCUCUGGAGUCUGCGGAAAGGGUGAUGGGGAAAUCAGACAGGAGUACAGAAAACCCAACGGAGAGCUGACCAGGGACGCGGCCAACUUUGCUCAUCAGUGGAUUGUUCCUGGAAGGAGCUGCCGAGAUGUCUCUGAGUGUUUCCUGGAGAAGCAAUCCGUGAAACUGGAGAAGCAGGUUAACCUUCACGGCCAGCAAUCCAAAUGCUACUCUGUCGAGCCAGUGCUGCGCUGCCUGGCCGGCUGCACGCCGCUGAGGACCACCAAGGUCAACGUCGGUUUCCACUGCGUUCCUGCUGAUGCCAACGUAAACCAAGGUCUAAGCAACAUCUACGAGAAGAGCAUUGACCUGAUUGAAACAGCAGAAGCCCACCUGGCCUGCCGCUGCUCUCCUCAUUGCCACCAGGUUUCCUUUUUAAACGGCCGAUCGACACCACACAGCCUCACAACCUCAUCAGCCAUGAGAGUGGUUGUGCUUGCCCUGACUCUGGCCUUCGUGGCUUGUCAAUCUUCCCACCUUGCUCCGGAAUUCACUGUUGGUAAAACUUACGUCUACAAGUAUGAGGCGGUGAUCCUGGGCGGCCUGCCAGACGAAGGUUUGGCACGAGCCGGACUCAACUUCACCAGCAGAAUCCUCAUCCGUACUGAAGGCAACCGUUUUGUGCUGAAGCUUGAGGAUCCUGAGCUCUACGAGUACAAUGGCGUUUGGCCUCAGGAUAAGUUCAUCAAGGCCACCAAGCUGACGACGUUGCUGGCAACUCAGCUCAUGACUCCCGUCGAGUUUGAAUAUACCAACGGUGUUGUCGGAACAAUGUUCGCCCCUCCGGGAGUCCCAGCAAUGGCGCUGAACAUCUACAGAGGAAUCCUGAGUGCCCUUGAGCUCAACAUCAAGAAGACACACAAUGUCUACGAACUGCAGGAGGCCGGAACUCAGGGUAUGUGCAAGACCCUCUAUUCCAUUAUUGAAGACGACCAGGCUGACCACAUCCGUCUGACCAAGACCAGGGACAUGAACCAAUGUCAGGACAGGGUCAUCAAGGACAUGGGGUUGGCAUACACUGAGAAAUGUGUCAAGUGCCAGGAGGAUGCCAAAAACCUGAGAGGAGCUACGACAUACGAUUACACCCUGAAGCGGCUUGCUAGCGGCGUCCUGAUCGAGAAAGUGAGAGUCAACGAGCUCAUCCAGUUCUCGCCUUUCAGUGACAUGAAAGGAGCUGCUCAGAUGGAAACCAAGCAAUCCUUGAUCUUUCACGAGAUCCGAAAUGCCCCAAUUGUCCCAGUUGCCGGGCCUGGAUAUGUUCCCCAUGGAUCUCUCAAGUAUGAGUUCCCCACUGAGCUCAUUCAGGCACCCAUUCAGAUCAUCAGGACCAACAAUGCAAAGGCCCUGAUUGAGGAGACUCUGAACCACCUGGUGACCCACAAUGUGGCAACAGUCCACGAGGACGCCCCUCUGAAGUUCUUGGAAUUAGUUCAGCUCCUCCGUGCAAUCCAGUAUGAAGACCUGGAAGUGCUCUGGCGCAAAUACAAUAAAAUGCCUGCCCAAAGACAAUGGUUUAUGGAUUCCAUCACCGUCACCGCAACUCCUGCUGCUCUGAGGUUCCUCAGAGACAAACUCCUGACUGAGCAGCUGAUGGUGCCUGAAGUAGUUCAGGCUCUGAUGGGCUCUAUUCACAUGAUGACAGCAAGCACAGAGUCCAUUCAGCUGUUUCAGACCCUGAUCAGCAACCCCAAAAUAAAUGAGAAGCCACUUCAGCGUGACGUCAUCUUGCUUGGCUAUGGUUCCAUGAUCUACAGGCACUGUUCUGAGAUGGCUGUUUGUCCUCUUGAACUCAUAAAUCCCAUCCAGGAGUAUUUCAAUGAGAGGUUGACGAAGGAAGAGGAUGUGAUCCUGUACCUGAAGACUUUGGGAAAUGCCGGGCUUCCUGCUACCAUCAAGAAAAUCACCAAGUACCUGCCCAUUCAUGGCACUUCAGGUGCAACUCAGCCAAUGAAAGUUCACACCGAAGCCCUCAUGGCCCUGAGGAACAUCGCAAAGAAGGAGCCCAAAAUGGUCCAGGACUUGGCUCUUCAGCUCUACAUGGACAAGUCUCUUCACCCAGAGAUCCGCAUGCUUUCAUGCAUUGUGCUGUUUGAGACGAGACCUCCGCUGGUUUUGGUGAUGACUGUUGCCAACAGUGUGAAGAGAGAGUUGAACCUGCAGGUAGCAAGCUUCACUUACUCUCACAUGAAGUCUCUGACAAGGAGCACCAGCACCGUCGAAGCCUCAGUUGUUGCCAAUUGCAAUGUCGCCAUCAAAAUCUUGGCCCGCAGGCUGGAGAGAUUGAGCUUGCACUACAGCAGAGCCGUCCACAUGGACAUCUACGACAGGGACUACAUGCUCGGUGCUGCUGCCAGCGUUUUCUACAUCAACGAUGCCGCCACCAUUCUUCCCAAAGCCAUCAUGGCUAAAACCAGAGCCUACAUCGCUGGAGCUGUUGCUGAUGUUCUGGAGGUCGGAGUGAGAGCUGAGGGGCUGCAGGAGGCCCUCCUGAAAAACCCUUCGCUUCUCGACAACGCCGACAGGAUCAACAAGAUGAAGCGCAUCAUCAGCGAUUUCUCCCACUGGAGGUCUCAGCCCAGCAGCAAGCCUCUGGGCUCCUUCUACAUCAAGCUCUUCGGACAAGAAGUUGCUUUUGGCAGCAUUGACAAAACCUUGAUCAACAACGCCAUCGAGUACGGACGUCAAGCUUAUGAUCAGGGACUUGGCAGAAAGGCUAUCGACUUCCUGCAGUCUGGUAUUUCCGUCCACGUUGCCAAGCCUAUGCUGGCCACUGAGGUGCGUCGCAUACUGCCGACUGUCGCCGGUGUUCCACUGGAGCUCAGUCUGUACACUGCUGCUGUGACCGCUGCAACGGUUAAAGUUGAAACCAAAAUUAAACCAGCUCUGCCAAGCGGCUUUGCUCUCACCGAACUUUGGAGCAGAGACGUUCAGCUCGACGCCGAGAUCAGACCAAGUGCUGUUGUGAACACAUUUGCUGUGAUGGGCAUAAACACUGCUGAACUCCAGGCUGGUGUGAUUACGAAAGCCAAACUCAACUUCACCACGCCGGUCAAAAUCGCUGCAAGCAUUAACAUCCCAGAGGAGCACUUUAAGAUCGAAGCUCUGCCUGUUUCAGUGCCUGAAACCGUUGCAGCUGUGGAAGUUAAGACUCUUGCUAUGACAAGAAAUAGUGAGGAAACUGCUGCAAGAUUCACUCCUAUCGUCCCUGUCAAACGCUUGCAAUCCCGCUCAAAGGAGAUUCUCACAUCUAAAAUUGCUUCUUCUGCUGCUGUUAGCGUGGCACAAUCCGUGGAGAUCCUUUCCCGGGAAGAGCAAGCGUCCAGGGAAAACCUUAAAUCCAGAGUGUCUGAGUUUAAGAAGAAGUACUGCACUAAGUUGGUUGGUGUUGGACUGAAGGCCUGUUUCAAGGUUGCUAGUGAAAAUGCCGGUUUCCUCAAGGACGUUGCCAUGUACAAACUGGCUGGAAGCCACUCUGUCGCUCUUUCUUUAAAACCAAUUGAAGGUGAAGUCGUUGAGAGGCUGGAGAUGGAGGUUGGAAUUAGACAAAAGGCUGCAGAGAGGCUCAUCAAAAAGAUCGCCAUGAGCCAAGAACAAGCCCGUCAGGGAGGACCAAUCCUGAUGAAGCUCAGGAAAAUCCUGGCUCCUAAUGUGGGGAAUGGCACCUCGUCCUCCUCCUCUUCUUCUAGCUCCAGCAGCUCCAUUGGAACCAGCUCCAAGUCCUCCUCUGGCUCUUCCAGCUCCUCAUCUCGCACCAGCAGCAAGGUCAAUGAUGCAACUGUUCAACCCAGUAAACGCCGCCACAGUCGCAGCAGCAGCAGCGACAGGAGCAGGAGCAGCAGCAGCAGCGCCAGCAGCAGCAGCGCCAGCAGCAACAGCAGCAGCAUCAGCAGCAGCCGCAGCUCCACCACCAGCAGCCGCAGCAGCAGCAGCAGCUCUGCGAGAACUAUCCGCAGGUCUUCCCGUUCCAGCUCCGAAUCAAGUGGAAGCUCAAGCUCUUCUAGCUCCAGUUCUCGCAAGUCAAAGCAAUUGAAUAAUUCCCAAAGGUUCCUGAAGACCCACAAGAAACAGGGUCUCAACUCCCGGGCCACCUCAUCAGCACGUAACAGAAGCACGAGUGCCUCCUCAAGCGUUGAGAAGGUCUACAAACAGAAAAGAUUCCUGGGCAGCGAAGAUGCUAUCUUGGCUGUCGUCUUCCGUGCUGUGAAGGCUAACAACAGGAUGCAGGGAUACAAAGUUGCCACCUACCUGGACCGACCUACCGCCAGACUUCAGGUUAUUCUGGCUCCCUUGGCUGUUGAUAAAAGCUGGAGGAUCUGCGCUGAUGGUGUUGUGUCUAGCAUGCACAAAGCCACGGCUCGAGUCACUUGGGGAACAGAUUGCGGCCAAUACGACACUACGGUGACCGCUGAAACUGGCAAUGUUGGUGAUAAGCCUGCAGCUCGCCUCAGACUGCGCUACAACAGAAUACCUUCCGUCCUGAAACGCUACGCAAAGAUGGCAUCUAGGAGCAUUCCUUCUCGCAUGCUGGCCAACUUGUUUCAAGGAAGGGACAGAAACAGCACCAAGCAGCUCUCAUUCACGGUGGUGGAAGUAUCUGACAGGAUCCUUGAUUUCAUCUGGAAAACAGAAAGAGGCAAUGUCUACAAGCAGACUGUGCCUCUUCCCAUCAGGCUGCCACUUCAAGACAUGAGAGGUUUAAUCCCCUCCAGAGACUACAGCAAGAACGUGCAAUACAUGAUUUCCAGAAUUGCUCCAGCUGAAUGCCGUUCCUCCAAAGACAAACUGAGAACGUUCAACAACAGGACAUACUCCAUCAAGACGCCCGAGUCCUGCUAUCAGAUUCUGGCAGCGGAUUGCACGGAAGACCUGAAAUUCAUUGUUCUGCUGAGGAAGGACGAGCGCGAGCGCGACCUCAUCAACAUUAAGAUCGCUGACAUCGACAUUGACCUCUACCCAAGGAGCAACGACGUGGCUCUGCAGGUCAACUCAAGGGAAACGCCCAUUACCCAGUCAUUCCAGGAACUCAGAGAAGGCAUCCAGGUCAGACGAAAGGAUGAAGGCAUCGUUGUGAUUGCACCUCAAUAUGGUCUUGCUGAGUUCUACUAUGACAAGAACUCAUGGCAGAUUAUGAUCCCGGACUGGAUGAAAGGAAAGACCUGUGGAAUCUGUGGAGGGGCUCAAGGAGAGUUCAAACAGGACUACCGCCUGCCCUCCGGACGCCUGGGCAAGAACACCGAACUCCACGCUCUGUCCUGGGUUGUGCAGGGCCAAAGCUGCAAGAAUCCCAAUGAGUGCCGUUUGAGUCACGAGUCUGUGCUGCUGGAGAAGCAGGUGAACGUACGUGGCCAGGAGUCCAGAUGCUACUCUGUUGAGCCUGUGCUGCGCUGUCUGCCCGGCUGCGUCCCCGUGAAGACCACCCCAGUCAAUGUUGGCUUCCACUGCCUGCCCGCUGAUUCCGACCGAACCGGGCUAAACAUCUCCGAGAGGAGCGAAGACGUGAGGGACACCAUUGACUUUCACAUGGCCUGCAGCUGCACAGCGCAGUGUGUCUAAAAACGCUGUCUUUUGUCAGUCAUUUACAUCCUCUGUAUGUUUUCCGUCUAAUUUCAAAUAAACUGCAUCUCAAAUGAA